GGAGCGUUCCUCGAUUCCRGAUUCCAAGCUCCUGGAUUCCGGAUUCCAUGAAACAUUUCGCAAGGAUUCCACCAUAAUGGAUUCAGAAUGCAAAGUAUUCUUGCUUUAUAUCGUCAGUUUAAAAUUAGUAAACAUUUGAAGUCACUGAUGAAACUUUUUUUAUCAGAUUCCACGGUAUCCAUUGCAGCGGAUUCCCGAUUCCAUGUGUCUGGAUUCCGGAUUUUAGAGCCAAAAUUUUGUCGGAUUCGAUCCGUGUCUUGUGUCGAAUCGUUAUCAAAAUCGACAUACAUGAAAAACAGAUGUCCUAUCACAUCAAUGAUGCCAGAGCAUAUUAACAAAGAACCAUGUUGAAACGGCAUGAACUACUACCAUAUGGUGAAAUCGUGGAAUGUGCAUUUUGGGCCAUCUUAGUAGGGUCGUUCGUACUCAACACUAUGGCUCUUGCAACUUUCUCUAAGUUGUCGUUUAUGCCAACUUUAUCGCACUAUUUUCUAGUCAGCAUGGUGUUUAAUGAUUGGCUGAGGUCAGUCCUUGUCCAGACAGUCGCUGUAUACAUGAACCACACCAACUUUGGGAAGAUGAGCUCAUGGUACUGCCAGUAUUUCGCUUUUACCUCGACCUUCUUUGGUUUAAACUCCAUAAUUCACCUCACGGCAUUAGCUGUUGAAAAAUAUAAAACAAUUGUAAACCCCCUCGCUAACAGACGUCAUAAAAAGGAAGCAAAAAUAAUUAUACCAUGUUUGUGGGCGUUUUCGCUAGCCUGGAGCGUAUGCCCUCUUAUUGGCUGGUCGUCAUAUAGUAAUGUACCAGGACAUUAUGUUGGUUGCUCGAUUUCCUGGUACAGCUCAAAUGCUAGUGACAAAGUGUAUGUGUUCAGUUUGUUUGCAGUGUUCUUUUUCGUUCCUCUUUCAACAACAAUGUAUUGCUAUGUAAAGAUUUAUUUUGUCCUCAAAACUUUGACGAAUAAGGAUAUCAAGAGGUGGGGCAGCGAAAGUUUAGCGGCAAAGGAGACAAUCAAAGCAAAAGUAAGGUCGACAAAGAUGGCAUUUGCGAUGAUCACAGGGUUUAUUUUCGCCUGGACGCCGUACACGAUCGUUUCUCUUUGCGCAGCUUUUGGAUAUCAAGUUCAUCCCUUAGUAGUGACAUGCUCGGCAAUAUUCGCCAAAACAUCAACCAUCUAUAACCCUGUCAUCUUGAUUUUCUUACACACAAACUUUAGAAAAACUCUGCUACGUUGUAUGAAAAGACUACAGUGUAAAAAAUACUUGACGAAUGAGGAGCCAAUUAAUGUAUAGAUCCAGCCAGUGCUAUUAGGGGCGUCACAACCCCCCCUAAUAUYUUGUAAAUAUAGUUUAAUACGAGUGCCCCAAGGCAGAUUUGAUGGGAGAGGGCAAAGGGGAACAGGAGUCCCCUUCAAUGAAUAUAAAUAAAAAGAGAAAGAAAUGUCUCUGAAG